AAUAAAAUCAAAAUUUUGACGCGAUCAAAGCUUUUAUGAAUCCAGUUGAGCGUGAAAUCGUUUACUUUUGAGUUAUGGUAAAGCUGCACUAUUUCAAGAACCAGCGUUACAGCAAACUCAAGUCACAAUGCGAAAAGGAAGAGCGUCUGUUCGAAGAUCCUGAAUUUCCAGCGAACGAUAAUUCGAUCUUUUUCAGCCGUGCACCGCCAGAACAAAUCGAUUGGCGACGACCUAAGGACAUUUGCGAGCCAGACCCUCCAAGCCUGUUUGUUGACGGAUCAAGCAGACAUGACAUCACUCAAGGAAAACUUGGAAACUGUUGGUUUGUGGCAUCAUGUUCAACUCUGGCCCUGGAGCCUUCACUCUUGGAGAAGGUCAUUCCUGACGUGGAGAACCAAGAGUGGGAUGUAAAAGACGUUGGCAAGUACCAGGGUAUCUUCAGGUUCCGGUUUUGGCGGCAGGGUGAGUGGACUGAAGUGGUGAUCGAUGAUCUUCUUCCUACAAUUAAUGGUCAGUUGGUCUUCAUCCACUCCUCGGUGAAGAAUGAGUUCUGGGGAGCGUUACUUGAAAAGUCUUACGCCAAAUUGAAUGGAAGUUACGAGGCUCUGGAGGCAGGCAAUAUCGCUGACGCUCUGGUUGAUUUCACAGGGGGGGUGUGCGAGUCAGUUAACCUUAAGGAUGCAAAUUACAAUGACGAUGAAGAAAGAAGACUAGAAUUUUUCAAAAGCAUGCAAAAGGCCAUGGAUAACAAGUCUCUUGUUGGUGCUUCAAUCUCGGCUAAAAACAAUGAAGAAAUGGAAAAACGCACAGAAACUGGCUUGGUAAUGGGACACGCAUACGGUGUUACUGCAAUAAAGAAGAUCACUACGGGCGACGGCUUAUUCAACCUGUUUAAUCGAGAACAUCUGUACCUGCUCCGACUAAGAAAUCCUUGGGGACAAAAAGAAUGGAAUGGCGCGUGGAGUGAUGGUUCAGAAGAGUGGAACAAGCUUGAAGCAGAAGUAAGGAGAAAGCUCGGAAUUGACUUCGAAGAUGAUGGCGAGUUCUGGAUGUCGUUUGAAGAUUUCUGCCGUUACUUCUCCAAGGCCACCAUGUGUCAUUUGAUGAAUACAUCAAUUUUCUCUUUAUCCAAGCGAUGGCACAUUUUUAAACACAAAAACGAAUGGAAGCCUGGUUCAUCUGCAGGAGGAUGCGUUACUAACCAGGACACAUUUUUCAAGAAUCCACAGUACGCUUUCAGUGUAAAAGAUGAUGACGCUGGAGAGGUAAUGAUAGCACUGAUGCAGGAAGAUACAAGGAUUGACAGAGAUGAAGGCGGAAAGAAUCUUAGCAUUGGAUAUUACAUUAUGAAGGUGGAAGAGAAUCGCGGCUAUCGUUUACAUGUGAUGAUGGAGAAAGCUGGUGACUCCAUAUUUAUAAAUAUGCGGGAGGUAGUGAACAGGUUUCAGCUGAAGACAGGAAGAUAUGUCGUUAUACCAUCAACCUACGAUCCACAUGUGGCUGGGAAUUUUAUGUUGAGAAUCUUCACCGAGAAAUCGUCUAAUGCAAGAGCACUAUUAAAGGACCACCCAAAGGGAAGCAGCAUCUGCUGCUGUAUCCCACGAUGUCGCACCCCUGUGUGCAUCCUGUCUGUUUUUGUGAAGUCAGCGGUUGAUCUCCAGAAGAGAACUUUGUUAAGUGUUGACCCUUACGCUUUGAUUAAGUGCGAGGGGAAGACUGUCCGAAUUCCUACCGUCAAUGACACACGUAACCCGGAAUGGAAUGCAGCUGGUGCUUUGUUUUAUGUCAGGAGACCCAAGAAAACGCACUUGGUGGUACAGAUUUGGGACAGCAAUAUGUUUUGUGACUCCUUCCUGGGUCAAGCAAAAAUGAGGAUCGAUAUUAAUAACAGAACAGUGGUGCUGUCUCAUCAACUGAUGGGUAGAGGGCGGAAACAUGCCGAAAAGAUGCCUGGUGCUGUCACACUGGAAAUUGCUUGUUAUCACGAUCUAACGGCUGUUUGAUUUCAGUGCGCUUUUGGUAAAAAAUGGCCAUGGAAAAUAUGGCCAGUUUGGCAUUCCUUGUAAUUAACAGUACAGAGAAAAUCGUCAAACUGAAAAGUAAAGAAAGAGAUCCACUUCUGGGGAAACAAGAUUCUUGCAAUAGUAACAGUUAACAGACUGAUUCACAACCAGAAUUAAAGAAAGUCAUGGAGGCCCGAUCAUACAAUGGUAUUCGUUCUCAGCUAAGGCUCAACGUGUUAAGCUUGCAAACUCAACCGAAUGUGCACAUUACAAGCUUUCAUUGCAGUUUACUUCCUAUCAUUACCUCCCAUCAGAGGCCUGUAUCUCAAUUGUCUUAGCAGUAGCUGAUAUUAUUGACUCCUUGUGCUAUAGAAUACGAUUAUACAGCCUUCGUACUUUACACGUACUCGAAUGCUAGUGUGUAACUUUGGAUAAGUACGCCCGGUAAGGUUGGAUUCGCGCUAAAAUGGGAUUAAGUUACAUUUCGUACAGGUAUUACGGUCUUUUGAAAAUGGUUCACUGAUCUUUUCCUCGUUAUGUGUUUGAAACUUAAUCUUCAGUUUAACUUUGUCUUUGUCAGAAUCCUUUUGAUAAUGAUUAUAGAAAAAUCAAAAUGUGCCACUCUACUUGCAGAAAACUAGUCGAAAAACUAGGAAAAUAGCCGCAUUACUAAGGAAAACAAACAUUUAUUAACGAAAAUAAAUGCAGUAUUACAAAAAGUAUUUAACCACAAUAUUAGAAUGAUUAAUUCAAAUGAAUAAAAACCUUAAGUGGGUAUUUUAUAACAAUAAAAGCUCAAUCCAGCGUU